AGGUGUAAGAGGAAAUUGGAAAGGUGGGACUCACAUUUCUGGAAAAGAUGCAGGCAGGGCUCAGGGUUUCCUGAGGAUGGGAGCUGGGAGCUGGGCCUGCCUGGAAAUUCAUUGUCCCCAUCAUCAUCCUCAUCCUCACACUCCCCAUUCUCUGUCACUUCUGGAUCAAGACCUUGGCUGACUUGAGGGCAAAGGUCUUCAGGGAAUGAGCGGAUGGGGUGGGGGAUUGUGUAAGAAUUCAGCCCAGCAGUUAUUUCACUCAGGGUGAGUCACACACCAAUGGGGGUGGGGGUGUUCCUUCCAAAUAAGGGACUCGUUAGGAGCCAGGCACGCCAAAGGUGGGAGGAUUUUCUCAGUGAACAAGGGGAGCAGCCACUUGCCAUGCCAUGCUGAGAAGGGGAGAGUGUGGUUUAGAAACAGCAUUCACUGGUGUGAUGCAGGGAGGGAUCUACAUGGUCACCAUGAUCCCAGACCCCACUCUCCCAGGAAUCUGAGGAGCCGAGGGCACAGCCCUGUUCCCCUGGCUGACUCGAAUCCCUGGGUCUGUAGUUGCCAGCAAUUUCUGUUUUCUGCCCAAGAGGAUGAUCAUUUUGCACCCAGGGCAAGCUACAAGGAGGUCCAACUUCACUCACAGGCCCUGAACAUCUUCUCUAUGAGGAAAACAGAGGUGGGCAAGACCCAGGCUUGCCCUGGUUUGGGAAGCUUCCUCUCCAACAGGAAUGAAGCAAAAACACUCAGAUCACAGCCACAAGGCAGGGAGAGCAGGGUGGCUAGGAAGGGGCUAUCUGAUGCUGUGAAUGACCCCUUGGACCCCCAAAGCAGUUCCUCAUUCAUUCAGCAAACCUUCACCAAGCACCCACCUUGUGCCAGAUCUGUGCAAAGCCACGGAACUGAACCAGAAGUGAGUAAGGCAAACUCCCUCAGGGAGUUUACGUUGUGCUCAGGAAAGUCAAGCAUUCAGGAUUGCAUUACUUAUUUGAUCACUACUGUGAUUAGUGCUAUAGUCAUUGUAUUUUUCUCUCUCCUCCAGCUGGGCUCACAUACUCUUGUUAAGUGGCCUUGCCUGUUGAGUGCCUACCAUGUGCUUAGGACUCUGCUAGGUGCUAUGUAUAUUACCCUGUUUAAGGCUCAUAACACCCCAGAUAGACAAUGGUAUUAACUGCACUUUACAGAUGAGAAAACUGAGACUCGGAAACAUUACAUAUCUUGCCCAACAUCACACCAUCAGUAGCUAUGUGACUUGGGCAAGUGACUUUAUCUGCUCUUGCCUCUAUUUCUCCCUCUGGAAAAUGGGUAAGAUAAUAGUACUUACUACCUGCUAGAGUUAUGAGGGUCUUAGGAGGUGGCACCUGUAAAGCACUCAGUCAGUGCCCGGCACACACUUAAUAAGGGUUAGCUGCUAUCAUGAGACCUGAGAGAGGAGGGCUCACCAUCCAUACGGAAGUAAGGAAGACUCAUGCCCCAGUAAGCUGGCUCCAGAACUCAAGGGCUUACCUGUGUUCCGUGAUGCCCCAACUAGGGAUUUAGUUGUAGCCAUGGACCUGGUGGGCAACCAGGAGGGGAUUUUAAUCUGUUCCUUGCAUCAGAAGGUCCAAUAGGCAGGGUUAGUGUAAUGGGAGAUGCCAUGGUAGGGCUGGCAAGGAGAAGAAGCCUCGUGUACUUUGGUCUGAUGAAAGGCAGCAGUGAUCUGUCACCGACCAAAAUGAUCCCCCAACUAUGCAUGUUGUGGGAGCAGCAACCCACAUACAGAACUCAAGAAGCCAUGGCCUGGAGGCUGCACCCGGACACGAAAGACUGGAGAGAGGAGCUGGUGGGGAAACCCCAGAGUCCCCAGGGUGCCACUCCCCAGCUCCACCAGACACUUUGGGAAUGAGCUGCUGCCCGAGUGGCCCUCUCCAGGGUUUCAGUGAGGGUCUCUCCCCUCCAGGGAGGAGCAGACCCUUGCCAACUGGAGUCCUGAGAGAGGAGAGAGUUCAAUUCCUCCACAGGGGACUCUGCAACUGAGAUCUUUGGAGUGAAGCAUCUGCGAGCCCCUCAGGGACCCAGGAUGAACUGCACAGCAGCUGAAGGAAGACAGGUCAGACCAGGCGGGAGGGAGCCAGGAAACAUCUGGCCUGUAGUUUCAGAUUCUACCUCUUCACAGUUCACACAGUCUCCCCGGGAAACUCUCACCUUGCCCUAUGCCAAGUUUUUAAGACAGUUAAGCUCUGCCCAUCCAAGACUUCAUUUUUCUUGAGUAGAAAAUCACUGAAAUCAUCAGAUCCAUGGCACCCACCCUCACUUUCUCCUAACAGUUGAAACCGUCAGGCUGGCUUCAGGGCCUGGUCUUCGCACUUGAUAUCACUAUCCUUCACCUGCUCAGACAACCGGAGCAGGCGGGUGAGUUCCUCCCAGCAACCUCCACUGCAUUCUCUCAGCUCCCACCGCAGGGCAGCCCAUGUGUCUGAGUGAACAUGUGUGCAUGUGCACACACACAGGUAUGCACAGACAUACACUAAACAUGAACACACAGUGCACAUGAACGCUGCUCCAAGCUAGGGCCCUCUGGUCAGACUGCUGCCUGGGUUAGAAUUCUUAUCUCCCUCCCUGACCACUUACUAUAGUUCUGUGAUCCUGCACAAGUGACUGAAUCUCCCUGUGCCACAGUUUCUUCUUGUAGAAACUGGGAAAGAUCACAGCACCUACCUCCUUAGAGUCAUUGUGAAGGUCAAUUUGAGGCAUCACACAUUUAAGGCACCCAGACAUAAGGGUCAACAGGGUUAGCUAUCACUGUCCAGUUUGGUGGGAGGAACUGAAUGCAUGUGGACACAUGGACUCAGUCUACACGCAGGCACAAAAGGAGCUACAUUGGUUACAUUCAGGUAUACCCCAGAGCACUACAAUUCUCUGAGACAUUGUCUGGAAAUCUAGAAAUCACCUCCUUGCCCUUUAAGGUAUUUUAACACUCACAUUCCUCUGCUUUUCUAAGAAUGUGAAUCUUCCCAAGCUGUCCUUGAGAGACACAGCCUCCCCUCGAGGGAAACAUGCAAAUGCUCCAUAAGCAGCCACAGUGUGGGGCUCUGCCGUGAGGAAGUCACAGCAGACACGCUAGACAGCAUAGUCCUGGCUACAGCCUGGAGGAAGGGAGGCCCGUGGUGGAGCACUCACUCCGUGCUUGUCUGCCCAGUGAGACCUCAAGUUCCUUGAAGACAAAGGCCAUGGGUUGUUGACUCUUGUGUUCCUGGUGGCCUUCACAGAGCUGAACAGAGGACAGACGCACAGACAGGUGGGGCUCUGGUGGUCAAGGCAGCAGUAUCCUUAGAUGCUAAAGUCUGAGCCAGGCCAUCAGGCCCGGCAUGGACAGGGCAAGGCCCAUAGUGAUGGGAAGCCAGUUGGCCAGCUGGGGUGAGAAGACCACAAAGCCAUGGGCAGACAGGAAGUAGAGGUGAAUGUGUCUGCCUCCUAUAGGCCUUUGCCGGGACAGCACAGACCCUCUAGCUGGGGCAGAACAAGGCUGGUGCUUCCUUCUAGUCCUUGAGCCUGUAUAGCUCAAACUCAAGCAGAACCCUGGGGUUUUGGGAUUCUGUGUGGUGACUGCUGAGGAAGGUUUAUGGAUUUGACAGGGUGCAUGUGAGAGAGACAAUUCUCAGUCAGCACUUCCUGUCCCCUGCAGAGGCUCAUAGGGGACAGCCCCUGCCAAGGAGACCCUGGAGGGACUCUGAGGAUAACAAUCAGAGGUUGGGCUGGCUGGACUGAGCCUGGGCCUGUUGUCCACCAAAUCUCCAUAGGCUCUAGCCUGACCCCUCCCUCCACCCCUGGGCUAUGCAGGCCAGCCUGUGCAGAACACCCCGAUGCGUCCAUUAGCAACAUCCGCCUCACUGUGCCAACACUCCAUCCACACAGGAAAGGGCCGAGAAGGCAAUGCUUAACCCAAAGGAGUGAGUUUCAUAGGAGGAGUGGUUUCAACAAUUUCACUGCAGGACACUGAGGGAAUAUUUCCCUAUCCCUUCAAAUGGACGGUCACUGCAGAAACGUGUAGAGCAAGACUUUGUCAACGGGUUGUUUCCAGGUCUCCCGGUGUCUAAAUAGCAGAGUUGGGAUGGGAACCGAGAACCGAUUCUUUCCACAACCGCCCACUGAGUAGCAAGGCUGCAGCCAGCAAAGAGGUGUGCAGAAGCAAGCAAGCUCCAUGUGGUGGGGACAGCACAUCGCCACCUCCACCGCCCCCUGCAAUGGGCUGCCAGCAAGGUCACCUGCCUUCCAGUGUAUCUACUGUGUGAGCUUCUCCAGCUCUUCUCUGUUUUCUCUUCCUCAGCAUCCACCCCGUGACACGUAGUGGUGGCUGAUGUCGCCACAGUACCAUGAGGUUAACAGCUCCUCCCUCCAGCUUCCUUCAUAGUGGCAGCCUCACCUGCAUUCCAGCCAUUUGCCGGACACCGCACCAGACCCUCAAAGCCCAUCCAAGACUGUGGGGAGUAGUAAACAACCCAGCCCAGUUAAGAGGAGAUGCUGAAUUUAAUGAACUCUAUUUGAAUUGCAGGGCUGUGAUUCCUCUUACCUUUAACGUGAACUCACAGGCGGAUUAAAGUGAAAUAAAACCUACC